AUGGCAUGGGUAUGGUGUUCGAUCUUACCAGUGUGCAUCGUUGUUAAACUGAAGCAGGCAAAUGCCAAAUCGAAAAGAAUUGUUUUGUGGGGUGCGAAUAAAGCGCAAGAAAUCGUGUUUAUGGAAAAAGUUGGACGCGUAUUACGUGCCAAUAUGUGGCAGGCAUGUGGAAGAACUGCAAGCAUCUUCGGUGCUUCCGUGGCGCUGUGA